AUGCUUCGACUGCUGACUCUAACGCUCAUUUGUGCACAUGUGGUUGCGCAAGAGCUGCAACGAUCCCUCAGCACAGCGGGAACCCUGCCUUUUGCGCAGGUUUUACCUGGAAGUGUGGUUGUCGGCGAGGCCCACUUGCUGCAAGUGUUCCUCACGGUGGGACAGACAGUUAGUGAGGCAACAGUCGAGGUCGAGGCGCCGCCCGGCUUUAGCUUCAGCUCCAGCUGCGCUGCCCAGGAACUGCCAGAGACUAUCUACAGGAAUGGUGACACUCCGGAGUCUGUUGUCAUUGAGAGAUUUGGUGUCGUCCAGGGAUGCACUUCGUUCGCUUCACCGCCAAGAGUGCAAAUCACACUUGGGCGCCCAAUCCAGCAGGGGCUCUCGUAUGCUUUCGGCAUCACGGUGCAGAAUCCGGCAAGCCAGAGCUCGCAGGAGGAUCAGCUGCUGUGGAUGGUGAGGACUCGAGACAGCAGCAGCCUAGUGGUGGAGGAGAGUUCAGGAGGUGCUGCAUGGCUUGACGCGUCUGCCGAUGGAGAUCCAGGUAAGAUGUGGGGCCUGUCCUCUUCUGAGCUGCCUGCUCCAGUUCUGAGAUGGGGAGAGCUUCUACCUUUCUACAUAACGCUGAAUACGGCUUAUGUCACAGUUAUUCCGAUUCAAGUUCCGUUUGACUUGUCUGUUCCUAUGCGGCUGACUGCUCCGCUGGGCUGGAUCUGGGAGCCGGCAGUGGUGGCAAGUGGAUUCUGGCAGGAUGCCGCAUUUGGAUCCACAGCCGCUCUGCCCGGUGGGGCAGUACCUGUCGUUUCCGACGACAUCUUUCUUUCAUGGACUGUGCCUUUGGCUUUUGCCAGCGGCGAGAUUUAUGGCUUUCGGGUGCCUGUUCGCGUGCCCCGAUGGCCUACAACAGGAGCCGACUUCCUUCUCGAGCUCGGCAACUGGAGCGAAACUGCUAGUGCUGGGCAGCGACCGCUGGCAGCUUUGCUUCCAGGACCUUCCCUGAGUGCAGUACGAGGGGCAUGGGUGGACUACGUGACGGGACGAGUUGGAGAGCGGCACGGCGUUAGAGCUCAGCUGACCAUCACAACACCGAUUUUUGCCGGAGGCGGUUUCAUCUUCGAGGGCGGCGUGGCAACAAGACGAUUGGAGUGCAGCUGCCCUGGCACAACAGAUGGCUACACUUGCUCCGUGCAGAGCCUAUUCUCGGGCGAACUCCUUCUUCGCAUUGUGUCCUCGAGGGCGCUCCUCGCUGGCACGUACUCGUUCUUUUUCCACUGCACCAAUCCACCCAAUGCUGUCGCGGCAGGCUCUUGGAAGUUCGGCACCUAUCAGGAUCCGUUGAGCUAUCCAGAUGCCACAGAGGUGGAUACUCCAUCUGUGGUGCCAGGAUUUGCUGUUCAGGAGCCUUUGCAGCACUUCGAGCGCCUCCCUCCCGAGAUCACUUGGUCCUUCGAUCCGCGUCCGCUCAGGGACAGCUCCACCAUCCUGGCCUUCACGCUGCCUGGGAGCCUGGCUCUUCCCAGCGGUCCCAGCAGGGCGCGCCUCCGUGGCCCUGAGGGGAUGAAGCUGAAGCUGCACUGCCUGUCGCAAAUGAUCGUUGACCUGUAUUACGUCUUCCUGCUGGAUGCUUCCUUGUCGGGCAACUAUUCGCAGCUGCCCGACUUGCAAGCGCCCUACUGCAGAUUCUGUAGAUCUACAGGAUCAGUACACGAGCGCUCGCAUUCCUUGCACUGGGUCGUGCUGCUGCCGAUGUUGUAG